UUCCUUUCGUGUCAUAAGGACGUCAUUCGAAUAAAUGUAAGUAAAACAAAACCUCACGGCAUUUCCCRAUGAAUUGGCCUUAUAACGGAUUAAAGGCUUUGUUGUGUUACUACUUGUUGAAACGAAACGCAAACAAAGGGCUCAGUCGAGCAGAAAAACGAGAUAUUUACACUAAUACAUCUAAUAGCUAUGGCACACGAACAUUUUUUUAGUCGAAUCGAAACGUCCAAAUAUACUUUAUCGACGUAAUUUKAUAUAUUUCUUAUAUUUGUAAGAGUCCUACGUUGUACAUGAUGUAAGUGUAAGCGUAUUUAUAUUUAUUGAUUGUACAAAUAUAAURCACAUUCCUACACCCUCAUUCCACGUAACCAGCGAUGACGUUACACGUAGAACCGAGUCUCCCGUCUCAGCAUCCUACGCGUUUUUUUUUUUUCGAAGACGCGAAUUGAUAAGCAGUUUCAACUAUUUAGAAGUUGUACCUAAGUCUCUUCUGGUUUUAAGGAAAUUACACUUUUCAUCUGAUAAUGUCUUUGGAAAAGACUACAUGAACUGAAGGAUUUUUUGUGUGGAAUGUUUUGGCGUUGUGGGAAUAUAUUGGCGGGCAUGCAUUUCGCCAACGCAAAGCUCGAAUGAACGCAACAGUUGGAUUCCAUUCAUUGAUUUUYCUUAUUGUUAUUUACGUCUCGUCACAUGGCGAAUGUACGAGAUGAGCACUUCGAGGGAAUAUAUGAACGAGAAAAUAAAACUUCUUGAACUACAAGAAAGACAAGUUCUAAACAUAGUCGAUGAGCUCGAAGACAAGACUAAACAGAUUCUUAAGAAUUCGGAGAAAGCGAUUCAACAGGUGACAUUAUUUGCGAGCCAACUAACCACAGCCAUCAACCAGAGUAAGAAGAAACUGUUACAAGACAUUGAUGGACUGAAAAACAGAUUACUAACGAAGGUAAAGAAAGCAAAAGCAUUGCAGGAAACACAGGUUAAAGAGAUUCAGCAAACACGUGAACGGUUAAACAAGCUUCUCCAAACAUUAAGUGGAACGGAUGAAACGGUGCAUGACUUUCUAAAUAAAGACAGCCAUGUGUUGAAGAAUGAAAACAAGUACUUGGACCCUUCCAUUAGAUUUUACCCUAGCGAGGAAGCACUUGACUUAAAGACAUUAGAUAUCGGAAAUGUUUACAUAAUUGAAGAUGUUGAUUCCUUGCAAAGUUUUCUCGAAGUUCCACAAGCUUCGUUUGAAGCGUUAUCGACUGUUCAUAUGACUUUGCAGACGAACACUACUGACAAAAGACCAUGCAUUGUACCCUUUCGGUCUUUAGACAUUGAUGUCUGGCCGGCUUUGCAUGUUGAAAAACUAAUCGUUGCAGAAAGCAAAGCCGGAAAAUUCACCAUCARCUUUUUGCCAAAAAUUUGUGGCAAGUUUAUUAUUCAAGCCAAAAUCAACGGUAAAAGCGUCCAAAAUAGUCCUUUUACCAUAAAAGUUGGACCUCAAACGUUGAAAAUUAUGCGUGAAAUYGAUGUUGGAACUGCAGGCCUCAAGUGUCCAUGUGGGAUCGCAGUAACUAAAAACUUUACUAAAAUUGCAGUGUCUGACGCAGAAUCACAUUGUUUAGUGAUAUUCCGUAGUAAUGGCGAGUUGAUUAAGACAAUAGGUCAAGCGGGAACAAAGCAAGGAAAACUUAGUUGCCCAGACGGAAUUGCGUUCCUGGAUGAGAGUGAACUUGCAGUGGCUGACCGAGACAACCACCGUGUACAGGUCUUYAAUACACUAACAGGAAAAUUUGUGAGCAGCAUAGGGAAAAAAUCCCAUAGAAACAAACCGUUCAAAAGCCCUUGGGGCGUAUCGAUAGACAAUGAUAAUGACAUCAUUGUUAGUGAUACGUAUAAUCAUCGUAUACAAAUAUUCCACAGAAAGACCAUGAAGCUAGUCAAGGAGUACUCAUUCCGACAAGACGAUGACCAAUGGGUCCUUCCUUCCAGAACAGUUUGUUACAAUCACUUAUUGCUUGUUGCAGACGCACUUAACAAUGACAUACACAUUAUAGACCAGAAUGAUGGGCCUAUAUGGACUAUUGAAACUAAGGGGGAUAGGGACAGUAGUAUAAAAUCACUGAAUGGCAUAGCUAUAAGUAGUGAUGGGAAUGUGGCAGUAUGUGAUCAAGAUGAUGGUAGUGUGAAGUUAUUUAACCUGGAGGGACACUUUAUCGGGAAAACACAGGUAAAAAUGACUCCAAUCGAYAUCGUAUCCUUGCCAGAUGGAGGUUUUCUUGUAGUGGAUGGUAGGUCUGGAAAGCUUGUAGUGAUCCAUGUAAAGAUGUCUUGAAUGAAUUUAAGAUGCAAUCGCAAAUAAAGUAUUCUCAUAGCCAAAUGACUCUUUUUCGGCAUGGCAAACUUUUGUCAUAACUAACGCAUUGCAUGAAAUUGAAAUUCAUURACAGAUGGCAUUGUUGAAUAAAGCACUUAAUAGUUCUUGCUCUUUGAGUGGCAUGCCUCCGGCAUAAAUUCCCUGAGCGGAACACAUGUCAUGAGCCGGGCGCAUUCCUCUUUAGCAGAACGGCAUUCUCUUAACAAAACAAGUCCCUGAA